AAAUCAACUAAAACAGUCAACACUCAUUUGUCAAAUAUUUUAUAAAAUAAUUAAAAAAUAAAUAAAUAAGCAAAACAUGAAGCCCAAAAAUCCAUACACCCUCUCAUUUUUUUUCCUUUAGGUAAAGGAAACCAAAAGGGAAACUCAUUUGUCUCCACCGCGUGACAAUACAAUUCCAAUUUCCAACCCUAAAAAAUGGGUAUAAACCUAACCCUUACUCAUCUUCCUCCAUUGUUGUCUUGUUGAUAAACUUCUAAAACUCCAACUACAUCCACCACAUACACUUCCCAUCACCAUUCCAACUUCCUAAUUCCUAAAUAAGCAUAACCCCACUUUCUCUUAUCCCCAUUUCCUCGUUCUUCACGUCUUAUAAAUCCCAUCAAAACACCCUUUUUUUUCCAUUAACACACCCAUCAAAAAUGAAGCACAAAACUCUCCCAAAUCCAAUUCCUAAACCCACCCAAAUCAAAAAAAUGACCCGUUUUAAUUCAACCCCAAUUCCUCUUUGUUUUCGCCCAUCUUCUAAUACUACUCUUGAAUAUCAUCAUAAUCAAGCUUUAAUCAAUACUACAACUUCAACCCCAAAUUUAAUUACUUGUUUAUACCAAACCCGUUUGGGUAUUUUCUCUUUAACUUGGUCUUAUUCUAUGUUUUCUCGUACUUUUAAUCUUCAUCUUUACCCUUCUCCUUCUCUCUCUACACCCCCACUUUCUCUCUCUUCACCUUCUUUUCAAGUCACCCUAAAACCCUUUAUGUUUUGGAACAAAAAUGGGGUUAAAAAGCUUCCACCUUUAUCCCCAUCUCAUAGCUCAAUCUAUGUGUUUUGGGAUCUUACUAAUGCAAAGUUUGGAUCUGGAUCUGCACCCGAACCCGUUUCUGGGUUCUACAUUGUGGUUGUUUAUGAAGGGGAGAUUGUUCUUUUAGUUGGGGAUAUGGAGAAAGAAGCUUUUUUGAAGACUAAAGGGAAAAAAGUUGCAAUCUUUAAUGAAACUAAUGAUAGAAAGUUGCAAUCUUUGGUGAUUAAAAGAGAGCAUGUUUUUGGGAAUAGAUUUUAUUCAACAAGAAUUGAUUUUGGGGGAAAAUCUAGGUUAAUUUUGAUUGAAUUAAACACAAGUAUUGAAGAAGAUCCAAGAUUGGUGAUCCGACUUGAUUCAAAACGGGUCUUACAAGUGAAACAUUUAAGGUGGAAAUUUAGAGGAAGUGAAAGAAUUGAAGUUGAUGGCUACCCAAUUCAACUUUCUUGGGAUGUUUAUAAUUGGUUAUUUGAAGAAGAUUGUGCAACAAAUAAUGAUGAUGGGUAUGCUUUAUUUACAUUUAGAUUUGAAAAACAAGUGAAUAAAAAUGAACAAGAUGAAGAAAUUACUCAAAUUAGUUGUCAUGGUGAAGGGCAAAACGGGUAUAAUGAUAAUAAGAAAGGGGUAAUUUGGUCACAAGAUUCUUGUGGGUUGAACUAUGAAAGAAAGAAAAUUAAGAAGAAAUUGUUAGUAAAAACAAGAAGUGCUUCUUCUUCUUCAAUUUCAUCUGCUUCAUCUGCAAGUAGUUCAAUUUUGGAAUGGGAAAGUGUUGAAGAAAAUGAAUUGAAAGGUCCAAAUGGGUUUUCUUUACUUGUUUAUGCUUGGAAAAAUUGAAGAUUGGUCGUGAAAAUAGCUUAUUGGUCAAUUUUAGCUUAUCAUCUAAACACAAUCAAAUGGUUGAAUAGUCAAAUUAUCUAAAUGGCUCUCACCGAAGUAUUCAAAAUUAGCUCUAAACAGAUUGUUGAAUAGUCAAAUCAUUUAUUAGCGGCUUUCACUGACGUAUUCAAAAUCAGCUAUGAGCAGCUAUCACUUAUGCCGUUUGUACAACUUGAUGAAGUAAAUUUGCAGAUAUUUGCUUUUUUUUUUUUAAUUAUUUUCUUAUUUUUGCCAUUGAAACUAACCCAAUUUGAUAGAUAGAUAAUAUAGGUGAAAAAAAAUUUAGAAAAUUACUAACAUUUUUUUAGUUUUUGUUUGAUUGAUGAUGAAUUACUCAUAUGAUUCAUAAAUGUAAGAUUUGAGCAAUGUUUUGAAUGUCAAGAUUCAAGAAAAGAUUUGUGUUGUAUUUAAUGUGCCCGAAAUUAAUGGUGAAUUCAGAAUUUGAUUUUUUUUGAG